GGACAGCUCUUCCCACUCAUCCUUUUCUUGACAUAGAGGGCAUUGCCUCCAUGCCUCCCAACUCCCCCAUCCUUUCUGAAGAGCCUGUAGCCAUCAAUAGCUGCACUCCAGUCAUGGGGUAUGUCCCACCAAGUUCCAAUAAAAAUACAGGGGAACUUCUCUUGAAAAAUGCCUCUAAAGACUAUUCUGGUACAUACAAUUGUGUCGCCUCAAACAGAGUUGGCACGGAUGAAUGUUCUGUUGAGCUGAAUGUCACGCCUCCUAUAAAUAUAGCUGGUAUAAUUGCUGGAGCUAUUAUAGGAACUCUGCUGGGUCUUUCUGUUCUGGCUUUUCUCGUCUUCUGUUGCUGUAAGAAACAUAGAGAGAAGAAAUAUGAGAAAGAAGUACAUCAUGAUAUCAGAGAGGAUGUUCCACCUCCAAAAAGUCGCAGUUCGACAGCCCGCAGCUACAUAGGCAGCAAUCGUUCUUCCCUGGGUUCCAUGUCUCCCUCAAACAUGGAAGGAUAUACGAAAACUCCGUAUAGCCAAGUCCCAAGUGAAGACUUUGAACGUACUCCCGGUCAAAACCCAACCUUUGCACCUUCAAAGGUAGCUGCACCUAAUUUAAGUAGAAUGGGAGCUGUUCCUGUGAUGAUUCCAGCACAAAGCAAAGAUGGGUCCAUAGUAUAAAGUAUAUAAUUUAAAUGCUGGUUUUGUAAGUGUUCAUUGUAAGUACUAGAGAAAACUACUGUGUUCCAUCCCUCAUUUAAACAAUGGCAUGCAUCUUUCCUGGAAGAAAACAAAACAAGUUAGUUUGAAAAGCCACCAAUUCUCAUUUUUAACGUUAAAUUUGUUAGCAUGUGACAGUUGAACUAUCUGCUAAAAGCGUUGACAUUCCCAAGUAUC